AGAGCUACGUACAACAAAAGUGGUGACACCAUCAUUUAAUCUCAGUUGUGAGUUCAUGUCACAUUUCAACCAGCAAGUCACUCAAAGGAGAACAGAUGAGGAAGCACAAGCGUGGUGAAGAUAACGUGUUCUAAGAUGUCAGAGGGAAUCUACGAAUUUGAAGGGAAUGUAAAUAGCACAAAUAUUGAUUGCCCAAUAUAUGGCAAUGUAGGAGCUGACAAACCCAAACCAGGUGGAGUCGUCAUUCAACAUUCAGAUUCAGCGUAUUGUCAGUGGUGGAAAAGACCUUCUGGAGUUGUUGCUGUGUGUCUGGGACUGCUGUGUGUUCUGCUUCUGGCUGGGAUCAUAGGCCUGUCCGUCUCCUAUGGAGUCUUUGGCCGUCAAUACUUCACAGAAAGAAACAAACUACAGACCAGCAACAAGAACCUGACUGAAGAGAGAGACCAGCUACAGACUAGUUACAACAUCCUGACAAAAGAGAGAGACCAGCUACAGACUAGAUACAAAACCCUGACUGAAGAGAGAGACCAGCUACAGAGUAGUCACAAAAAACUGUCUGAAGUGGCAGGCCAACUACAGGCUAGUUACAAAACGAGGACUGAAGAGAGAGACAAACUACAGAGAGACAGAGACAUAUUCCAAAGGUUAUUGGUGAAAUAUCCAAAUGGAUGGAAAGUGUUUGGUAACAACAUCUAUUACGUCUCCACUGAGGAAAAUAACUGGGAAUAUGCCAACGAGGACUGUCUGAAGAGAGGGGCACAGCUAGUCAUCAUAAACAACCAAGAGGAACAGAAAUUCCUCAUUACAUUAAACAAACGUUCUUGGAUCGGUCUGACUGACCGUGAGACUGAGGGGACCUGGAAAUGGGUGGACGGCACACCUCUGACUACAGCGUACUGGGGAGGAAAAGAGCCUAAUAGUGGUGGCGGUAUAUACAAAGAUGAGGACUGUGCAGAGAUUAAUAAUAUUUGGUAUAGUGAUCCUGUAAAGAACUGGAAUGACGAUUUAUGUACCACACAACUUAACUGGAUUUGUGAAAACGUCAUUAAUUAACAAUACUUUGUUAUCUACUAUACAAUCAGAAUGUAUUAAGACAGUACACAAAUAAUAAACAAUAUGCCAUUUAGCAAAAAUGUGUAUCUAAGUUGACUUACAGCCAUGGAGAGAUGGGGUUGAUUUUAAUGUUCAGUAUUGAUCUGAAUUUAUAAAUUAAAUGCAUUGCA